AUGUCCACACUAACCCGAAACCGCGCAUCCCAACUAGCGGCCAAGAUCACGCGACCAGCCUUCCAACACGCCAUCCGCAAUCUAGCAACCGUAUCACCAGUACAAACAACGACCCGCAACCACAAAAUCGUCGUAAUCGGCGGCGGCUCAGCCGGCAUAUCCCUCUCUCACCAACUCCUGCGCAAAGGAAACUAUUCUCAAGACGACAUCGCCAUCAUCGACCCCGCGCAAUGGCACCACUACCAACCGGGCUGGACGCUCGUAGGCGGCGGUCUAAAAAAGAAAGAAGAUCUGCGCCGCCCCUUGAAAGAGCUCAUGGAUCCACGCUUCAAGUUCUACAACAGCGCUGUAGGAAGUUUUGCGCCGGAGCAAAAUUACGUCACUACGAGUAACGGGGAGAAGAUUGGGUAUGAACAGUUGGUCGUUGUGCCCGGUAUCACGCUUGACUAUGGUAGUGUGAGUGGCUUGAAGGAGGCGUUGGAGGAGAAAGAUGCUAUGGUGAGCACGAUUUACGACUACGCGUAUUGCGAUAAGGCGUAUGAGAAUGUGAAGAAGUUCAAAAAAGGUGAUGCAGUGUUUACGCAGCCAGCCGGCGUGGUCAAGUGUGCGGGCGCGCCGCAGAAGAUCAUGUGGCUUGCGUUGGAUUACUGGAAGGAUGCUGGGCUGUAUCCGAAGGAUAUCAACGUCGCUUUUGCGACGGGGUUGCCUACGAUGUUCGGUGUGCCGAAAUACGCAGCAACGCUCGAAAAGCUCCGCGUAGAACGCGGCGUAGAAGGUCUCUUCCAACACGACCUUACUUCCAUCAACGGCAACACCGCAACCUUCACAUCCCCCAACUCCCCCACCCCAGUGAAGAAACACUUCGACUUCCUGCACGUCGCGCCCAAGAACGUGCCUUGGGGGUUCAUCAAAUCUAGCGCUCUCGCAAACGAAGCAGGCUACGUUUCUGUCUCGGAUUCUACAACGCAACACACUUCUUACCCCAACAUCUGGUCCAUAGGCGACGCGUCCUCUUUACCGACAUCUAAAACCGUGGCUGCCAUCACGGCUGAAGCACCGGUGUUGGUGUCCAACGUACUCUCCGCGAUGGAGGGUAAGGAGCUGACGGCUAGUUACGAUGGGUACACGUCUUGUCCGUUGCUGACGGGGAGGAAGGAGGUGUUGCUUGCUGAGUUUAUGUAUGGGGGUGUGCCGAAGGAGACGUUUAAUGGGCUGCUGGGAAUUGAUCAGGGAGUGCCGCGGAAGGCGUUUUACUGGCUGAAGAAGGACUUCUUUCCGUGGGUUUAUGGGAAGUAUCAUGUCAAGGGCGAGUGGGCGGGGCCGAAGGGGUUGGCUAGGUGA